AUGUUGAAACAAUCCAUCCAGCAGUCUCUGCGAGUUUUCUUCUGCCCAAUAAUCAGCUCUCAGCCACCACAGGCCAUCGCCGAGCACCGAGCAGUCAUCUUUUCCAGCUACAACGGAGGCACCAUCACCACCUACCAAGUUACUAUCGAGCUCAGUCAAGGAGCAUGCCUAAGCCCGGGUCUACACGUGCCAAUCAACGUGUACAUCACCCGGACCGGUCCUGCUAACGACAGCCUCGUUCUGAAUGACUACCAAAUAAUGCUUAUUGAAGAAACCGUCAUGCUGGUGAGGGGUUUUCCCCAGAUCCAGCGUCGCUCUCGGAUUUUACGAACUGUGAGCAAUCUGGAUCAAACAAUAUACUUCCCGGAAACUCCCAUGGGAACGACGAUGAGUCUCUCGGACGAUUUAUGGGGAGGACAAUCUCUGCCGUCAAACAUCACCCCUGAUUCCGAGACAUGUAACAUCCGCCGCAGCUAUAAGCUUGAAAUACGGUUAGGCUUCAACAGUGGACCAGAAAAGGUCCAGACCCGCAUCUUGGAAAUUCACUUUCCUAUCAAUAUUAUAGCGACAGCAUUCUCACAUUAUCUGCCCACGAUUCUUUCUAUCUCGGAAGAAACGCAAGCAAACUUGGCUGGGGGUGUAUUUUGGGAGAAUAUGAAACAUUGAGAGGACGAUCUCGGAGUCUUACAAUUCAAGGUAAAACUUGACUGAUUGUCUGGGCGGGAUUCGAUCCCUGUUUCUGGCAUACUAUCACACCACACAGGUCAUGCUGUCUUUUUGAAACGCAUCAGGUGUAAUAUCUAUGUUCUUUCAAUCUUAUGUUUCGGGGCCACUCCGGCCCAGAGAAUAAAGGCAUAAUGAUACUAGACUCCGCGCGAGAAUUAAACAGCGUAUUUGAAAAGGACUUACCACAUCCUCUCACUGAAAUAAUAGCAAUAACCAACUAGACAUGGUAUGCACCCCCUGAAGCAGCAUACAGUUGGAACGAUCAAGGCCACUUCGUAUUAUUACCCAUCAACAUGGGUUAGAGUUGGCUAGGGUAUUAAUACUUCCUUGCGUGCGUUUAUCAG